UCCGGCACAUCAGAAAAUGUAAACUUGUAUUGUUUACAAGGCAUAAAAUGGAAUUCUAAAGUUUAUAGUUUCCACAUUGUCCAGACAUUAAUCAUAACCUACAUAACAGUUCACAUUUAAAAACAUAUUUUUUUCCUGCUGUAGAAAACUGGCUCGGAUUAAAAUACACUUGCUGUACAUUCCCAACUGGGGUAGUCGAAUGUAAAAUGUUUUACAAAAUUGAGUUUAGUCUGCAAACACAACUCAAGGAUAUGCAAACAGUUAGCCUCUCCACUCCCCAUUGUAAACAUCAAUGAUUCACAAAUAUCGACUUGUAUAAAAAGAAGUUGGUGUAAUUAAAUAAUAUGCUACCUUUUUAUGCUCAUGUGAUUUUAGUACCAGAUCAUGUACUUUUACGAUCAUGUUAGCAUUUAGCAAAAUACUGUAGAAACAUGAUGAAUAAUUCAGUAUUGAAACCAUCCAAUUGCCCGGGACUCCUGUCCUUGUUGUUUUACCUCUUGCAUCAACAAAAUACAGUUUAUGGACCUUUGUAUCUUUACCCAGUCAUUAUUUAUUUAGUUAGAGACACACACACAGACACUCGCACGUAUUUACAAACACACUCCCCAUAAGGAGCUUUGAAAUGGUUGUGAGAGCAGAUGACAGAAGACGACAAGACAAAAGGAAUAUCUUCAGGAUCAGUGAAGUGGUGAACCUUAAGGAUUCUGAGAAAGAUGAACAGCUGGGUUGUUCUCUUGAUCUGUGCGCUGACCUGCUGUUGUGGCUGUAGCAAUGGCGCCCCCAAUUGUCCACAUAUGUGCACCUGCCAUUUCUCUAACGGUGACACCAAGGUUGUCUGCAGUGAAGCUUCCUUCUCACAGUUUCCCUCCAGCGGUCUCCCAGGCAACACCACCUCAUUGUCCAUCCAAUCCACCAACCUCUCCACCAUUACUGCUAAGCACUUACAGGCCACGCCCCUUCUGAAAGAGCUCCAAAUAUAUUACAACAACGUAAGCACCCUUGGCUUGGAUUUGCUCAAGGGUGUCCCUCGCCUGCACACUCUGGACCUCACAGGGAACCGCCUGAAUGUCCUGCCCCCCAGUAUCUUCAGUCAUGCCUUGUUGUGUAACCUGGUUCUGAAGGACAACCUCAUCAGCAGCGUUGACACUGAUUGGUUCCCCGACAACAGUAACCUCACCUGGCUGGACCUAUCAGGGAAUCACUUGACGGCCGUACCCAUAGACUUGUUCAAGAAAUUACGCCGCCUGGAGAACCUUGACCUUUCCCAUAACCACCUGGAGAAGAUCCUGGCAGGGACACUAGAUCCUCUGAAGAGCCUACAGCAGCUAAACCUGGGGGGGAACCAGCUCAGAACUCUGGACCCAUCCACCUUCAGGAAGACCCCAAACAUGACACACCUCUUCCUCCAGGAGAACCAGCUGGAGAGCCUUCCCCCUAACCUCCUCCAGGGGCUUCAUCGCCUUGACUUCCUGUUUGUCAACCGUAACCGGUUGGGUCACAUCUCCACCACCCUGCUGGAGCACCUCUCCAACCCAGGGAUGAGCAACCGACUACAGGUGGUCCUUGGCCAGAACCCCUGGGUGUGCGAUGAGAAGGUGGAAGGCCUGUGGAGGUGGUUGAAGGAGAACCAGAAGAAAGUUUUUCUGGCCGAUGACAUCAGGUGUGCCAGCCCUGAUUCUCUAAAGGAACGAUCAGUGAUGUCACUAACUGACAUCGAGCUAGCGCUCUGAUCAAUUUACUGAAACCAACCAAUAAGACAGGCUCAUUGUUUGGCAAAUACUGUAAAUGAAUUGUUGUACUGUGUGUAUUGUAUAGUGUGUAUUGACAGUGACUAUCAUACAUUGAAUGAUUAGUAGGUGUUAGGCAUAGCUCAGCAAUGUUUGUAUCAAUAAUCUCUUUCUACUGAGGGCCUUCGACAGAUCUUAAGACACACCCAUACAGUGAAGACCAAACUAGAUCAAGUUUGUAAUGUUUAUGGAAGUCUGGAACCUCCCAAGUUACUGUAAUGAUUAUCUAGUUUUCAAGCACCUGAUUUUAGACAUUUAAUGUGAUGGUUAAGUUAACAUUUUCCACUUAAGGA